CUACACUACUCGACGUGCAGCAGUCCAUUCACCCCACUAGCCUGGCAGCCAAGCUUGGUUGGCGGGCCGCAGUGGAGCGCGGUGACAGAGCUGAGUCGAGUCGGAGGCUCGGAGCAGAACGCCGUUGUCCGGGCCAGUUCUGCAGAGGAGAGUCGCUGUGAGUAGGACACAGGCAGGCGCAGGAGGAAAAGCAGAUUCGAUGGUGCCAUCCAGCCCGUGCCAGCAUGUCCAUCCAGCCUUCUGCCCGAAGCUCUUUGUCGAGAAUACCCGAGCGAGGCCCACCUGUAGGGCUGAAGGCGACCCGUUUCAACCCCAAGCUGCCAGGGGAGCCCCUCCCGCGGGCCUGGACGCGCGACCUCGCGCCGCGAGAUCCACUUUACCUCGUCCGUUUGUCGAGUCUCGACCAUGAUUGUCAUGCACGUUUCCCGUGGCGGACCUGCUCGCCUGGUCUCAGCCUAUCACCACUCCGCCCCUUCGACACCCACUCAUGUUAA